GACUCGUUGAUAUAAAUUGUGGUUGAUAAUGGACUCCAUUAUAUUUACCAACUUUAUUAUCAAUAUUAAACAAAACAGUUUUAUAUUAACUCAACAGAAGUCUUUAUAUGUCUGAAUGCCAUUAGUUUUUGGCUACAACAAUCUAAAAAAUGUUACUGACAGAGGACACAACGCACAAUCGUCGUUACCUCUCCUGGCGCAAACUCCAACUGUCUCGAGCCAAGCUAAAAGCCUCCAGCAAGACAUCAGCCCUCCUCUCCGGCUUCGCCAUGGUAGCAAUGGUGGAACUGCAAAUCCAAAAACCGUUGGAGAAUAUAUCUGAAGAAGUCCUAAUCGCUUUUGCCAUAAUUACUACGUUGUUAGUGGUAGUCCACAUGCUGGCGCUUAUGAUAAGUACCUGUAUAUUGCCGAAUAUCGAAGCUAUAUGUUAUUUAGACUCGAUAAACUCAGUAGAAGAAUCGCCUCAUGAGAGACUUCACUGGUACAUUGAAACCGCCUGGGCCUUUUCGACGCUCUUGGGUCUGCUUUUAUUCUUGGUAGAAAUCGCCAUAUUGUGCUGGAUCAAAUUCAUCAAUUUUAAUAAGACUGCUGCUUGCAGCGCUACUUUUAUACUGGUUCCUAUAUUUUUUGUGUUCUUAGCUUUCGCUGUUCAUUUAUACAGAUCGUUAGUAACUCAUAAGUACGAAACAACAUUAACUGGGAUCAGGAAACUGGAAAUUCUUCAAAAACGAAUACGAAUCGCAAGUGUGCAUAGAAAUAGUUCAGUUUGUCCCAAUGUUGUUUAAAGAAACUUUAUUUUGUUCUUGAUCAGGGCAUUUACAAUAAAAAAUACCGGAAUAAAUUCAUUUUUACAUCCAGCACCUAUCAAACUGCAAUUUUUUGCAUUAUGAUGACUUCGGGAAAAAAUCUAACUAUUGCCCUUCAUUUGUAAAAAGUUGAACGUAGGGUUUCUCCUUAUUUUUCCACUCUUAUAGGUUCAGUGCUAAUCCUGUCCAUCUGCUCUGCGGAUCUUUUUAGGUCAUCCGGCUAUCUCAUAUCUCAUCUGUGUUCUCCUCUUUUAUGGUCCCAAGGUCUCCAGUGGGUUAUCACUUCAUUCCAUUUUCCGUCUCUUUGUCUGCUGUUGUGUCCUGCAAAUUUUCAUUUGAGAAUAACUGCAUGUUUGUUUUUUACUUUGGUUUUAUGUCUGAUCCAUGUAUUUUUCUUUUUAUUACUUAGCUUGAUACCUAGUAUCUACCUUUCCAUUGCCCUUUGAGUCUUGGCCAUCGUUUCCAUGUUUUCCUUUGUGAAUGUCCAUGUCUGUGUUUCAUAUGUAAGCACUUUUGUGCGGAGGUAUUGGGCAUAUUUCUGGUUUUUCAGGAUAUAGCUCAUUUUUCCGAAUGUCACCCAUGCGAGUCUUAUUCUUCUUUUUAUUUCUGUUGUUUGAUUUUCUUUACUCAGUUUCAUUAUUUGUCUUGGAUAUAUGUACUCCUUGACAUUCUGUAUUGUACCAAAGUGCAUAAACGUGUCAAAAUCAGUACCUACAAUAUCAAAAGCCAAAUUUUGUUACUCGGAAGGUUUAGUAAAGACAGUUACUCCGAAACCCCCGAGGACUCUGCAUCAAUUUAGUGUCGGUAAGCCUCAAAAUUCCAGAAAAUGACGUGCAUAGCUGUCACCCUGGGCGCAAGGUGCUCUGAGAGUUGGUUCUGAUCAGAUUGCAACCCCAAAACAGGUGUAACCAGGAUGAUCCUAAGGGGGGGGCUACAUCUACUUGAAGGCUCUGGGGGGGGGGUAUGGAAUAAUAAUGGUGUUAAGCGUAUAGAGCUGAAAGUACAUCCAAAAGGGGGGUAUAACCCCCAAAACUACCCCCCUGGUUACGCCUAUGCCCCAAAAUUCCCCCAAUAACAAAAUCUGGCGCUUGAUAUACUAAUUAUUACACGUUUGUGCACUUUUUAAUACAUUGGUAUGUACUGUAAAUGCUAUUAUGCAUUUCCACCUUCUUCUUCUUCUUUCUAGCAUGAUAGAUCAUGCUAGUAGGCUACGGCCUGUUCAUUGCCAUCAAGUCUUCCACGGACGAUGAGAUCCAGCAUUCUCGCCAUCGUUUUGGUGGUCUUUUACCUAUUGGGUUAUUUGUUUUUCCUCUUUUAACGAGUCUGCUGUCCUCCAUUCUCUUUGUUUGUUCCAAUGUCUUCGUCUCUGUCUGACCCACCUUCCUAUGUCCUGUAUUCCACAGUUUUGUCUGAUGUCUUCACUUCUUAUUGUCACGUAGUUUUGCCUUGUAUACUUGGGCCGGUUUCACCAACGACAAAUAUAGUUUAUUCUAUGAUUAAAGUUAUUCGACCAUUAAACUGUUAUUUCUCUAUUUUACUAACGUCAAAUGAGACUUAUUUUAUUUAUUUAUCAAAAAAAUACUUACUCUUCGAGUAAAUUGGCAAGUUAAUCUGGCUGUAAAUGUUUAGAAAAAAGUGAAUUCGCGAGUUUAACUUUAAAUUAUCAAAAUUAUAUUGAAACAAAAUAUAAACUUAAACGUCUAAUAAAUUUUAUUCGACGAAUAACUAUUCAUUGAUUUAUUCGUUGUUAGUGAAACCGGACCUUAAUAUUCUUAUUUCAACUGUUCUCAUCAUUUGUAAAAUUCUGUUUGUGUUUGGUCUUGUUUGUGCCACAUUUGUUAUAACUAAUUGUUUUUUGAAGAUAUUCUUCUUUAGCGGCGAAUCGAUUGAGGGUAAAAUUUGAUUGAUCCGGGCGCAUGCGCACACCGACAGUAUGGUAUUAGUGGUUAUACGGGCUCUGAUUGGGUGUUGAAAUUUUGAAAUGAUCUGUCAAUAAUUGUUCAAUAUGGAGAUUAUCGGUAAACAAAAAUAUUGUAUAAUAUUCGUUUUUAUUGAUGUGUGGACAGAAAUAAAAUCAAAUUUAUAAUUAUA